AUGGCAUCCAAAGAGCUCCCAACGAUCCUCCUCAUCCCUGGCGCUUUCACUACCCCUGCCUGCUAUGACUGGCUUGCACCAUACCUCGAAAAGGCUGGCUAUCCCAUCUCUCGAGCGACACUGCUCUCUACGAACCCGCCAGAUGACCCAAGUACCUACACCGCUGAGCGAGAAGGUCUAAAUCUUCUAGACAAGUACCUUCUCCCGCUAAUCGAAUCUGGCAAGGAUGUUGUGGUCUUCGCCCAUUCAUUCGGCGCAACAUCCUGCAGUGGCGCAUCGAAACACCUGUCGAAGAAAUCCCGCGAAAGCAAAGGACUGAAAGGCGGCGUUCUUGGCCUGGUCUACAUCGCCACCUGCUUCCCACAGGAGGGAACAAGCCAAUUCGCCCUGUUGGGCAGCCCUAUGCCGCCAUUCUGCAAGCCCGACUUCCCACAACCUGGGUUUCUAGUCUUCGAUCCGGCGAUCGACACGCUUUACCACGAUGUCUCGGAUGCCUCUUUGCAGAAGACUUUGGGUGAAGGUCACCUACCACAAGCGAUUGCAUGUUUCGAGACACCUAUCAAGGACCCGCUGUGGAGUGAUCCGGAAUUGGACGGCAGGAGAGUUUAUCUUUUGACCAAGGAGGACAAAGUCUUUCCGCCUGAGGCACAACCAGUAUUAGUAAAGGGAAGUGGAGUCGAAUGGGAUGUUAAGGAGAUUGAGGGAGGUCAUUGUGCUUUCAUUCAGGAGGCGGAAGCUGUUGCGAAAGCGACGAUUGAGUCGAUCGAGAAGUGGUUGUGA